UCUCGUUCUUCCUACCCUCUUCGAAUCUACAUUACACAUUACCAAAUCUCGUCACCGAAAACCCCUCUCCGCUCAAUAAUUUCCUAAUUCUCAAUCUCGGUCGAUUGAAAUUCAUCGUCUGAUAAUCAAUUUCAUUGCAUUUCUCAAUCAGGAAGACAGAGAUGCGUUAAUUGUGUAUGGAUACGUCGUUUACAUAGCUUCUCUACUGAUACAGACUUCAUUUGCGUAUCGGUCUCUACGGCCGCUGUAAUUUAUGCUUUUGUCAAUUGAUCUGGAUGCUUGGAGGGGAUCUGGCUCCGGGAGAGGAGGACUUUUUGGACAAGGAAUCGAGAUUAGGAGACAGAAUGCCCGGGAUAGCGCAGAAGAUUAAUGUUUGCGGCGAUUCUAAUCCGACUGCUUAUCACAAUUCAGUGGUAGGGAAUGGUCACUCCUUUAAUGGAUCGUCGGUCUCCGCCAAUGGAUUCUGGUCCCAGCAUCGUGAUGAUAUUAGCUACAAUCAGCUGCAAAAAUUUUGGUCUGCGCUGUCAACACAAGCUCGGCAUAAACUUAUGAGGAUUGACAAACAGACAAUAUUUGAGCAUGCUCGUAAAAACAUGUACUGCCCUAGAUGCAACGGGUUGCUUCUUGAAGUUUCUUUACAGAUUGUUAUGUAUGGAAAGUCUCUGCAGCAAGAUGUAACGCGCCAUUACAAUGGGCGAGCCACAAACAAUCAGAACUGUGGCAACUUGUGUAUUGACAAUGAGUGCCAAGAUAACAUGAUAGAUCCGUCUAUACAUCCGUGGGGUGGAUUAACCACUGCCAGGGAAGGUACUUUGACGCUGUUGGACUGUUACCUUCACUCAAAGUCUUUGAAGGGUCUCCAAAAUGUAUUUGAUAGUGCACGUGCAAGGGAAAGAGAACGUAAUUUGCUCUAUCCUGAUGCAUGCGGAGGAGGUUUCCGGAGAUGGAUAAGCCAAGGAAUGACAGGAUAUGGUAGAGGGCAUGGAACAAGAGAAACUUGUGCUCUUCACACUGCUAGGUUAUCAGUAGUGACAUUGGUCGACUUUUGGUCAGCCCUGGGAGAGGAGACUCAGCAAUCUCUUCUAAGGAUGAAAGAAGAGGACUUUCUUGAAAGACUCAUGUAUAGGUUUGACAGCAAAAGGUUUUGUAGAGAUUGUCGAAGAAAUGUGAUAUGCGAAUUUAAGGAGCUGAAAGAGCUGAAGCGUAUGAGAAAGGAUCCUCGCUGUACCAGCUGGUUUUGUGUAGCUGAUUCCAUCUUCCAAUGCGAGGUUUCUCAUGAUACAGUUCGAGUUGAUUGGCAUCAAACAUUUUUAGAUGCUUGUGGAACGUAUCAACACUUUGAAUGGGCUGUUGGAACUGGUGAAGGAAAAUCUGACAUCUUGGAUUUUAAAAAUGUUGGGCUGAAUGUAAGGGAUCAAGUGAAUGGUCUUGAUCUAAGUGGUCUGGGUGCUUGCUACAUAACUCUGAGGGCUUGGAAAAUGGAUGGGCGAUACAAUGAACUGUGUGUGAAAGCUCAUGCAUUGCGAGGGCAACUAUGUGUUCAUUGCAAACUAGCUGUUGGUGAUGGAUAUGUAACAAUUAUAAUAGAGGAAGAUAUCAGAAGAUUCCUUGAGCAUGCAGAGGAUGCCGAGGAAGAAGAGGAUGAUGAAUCCAUGGAUACAGAUGGAAAUGAGUUUGAUGGCGAGUGCUCUCGUCCCCAGAAACAUGCAAAGAGUCCUGAACUUGCUCGAGAAUUUCUCCUAGAUGCUGCAAUUGUCAUCUUCAAGGAACAGGUUGAGAAGGCUUUUAGGGAGGGAACUGCCCGACAAAAUGCACGCAGUAUUUUUGUCUGUCUUGCUUUGAAAUUGCUGGAAGAACGCGUGCAUGUGGCGUGCAAAGAAAUCAUCACAUUAGAAAAACAGAUGAAACUACUUGAAGAAGAAGAAAAGGAGAAGCGUGAAGAUGAAGAGCGCAGGGAGCGUAGGAGAACAAAAGAAAGGGGAAAAAAGCUGCGCAGGAAAGAAAGGUUAAGGGAGAAAGAAAACAGAUGUACUGAAUCGAAUACAAAUGCUGUGGUUCUUGAUACUCGAGAUGAGGCAGAAUUUUGCGCUGAUGAGAGUGUUAAUAGUGGGAGCACCGAUGAUUGUGAGAUGGAAACAGGGGCAGAUACCCCCCAACCCAGUCCUUUGUCCCAAGAUAUUCAAGAUGGCCAAUUUUUGAUGGGUUACAGUUCUCCAAAUAUGGAAAAUCGCCAUGAAGACAUUUUGGAAGAGGAAUCAGGCAACACCAGAGAUUUAAACAACUCUUUUCCUUAUAAUCACUAUAGGUAUUCUCGCAGGACACCUAGGUUACAUAAAGAUAUCGAGCAGGAUUUCACCUCAAAGUGGUCCGAUAGGAGAAAGGGUGCAGCAAUAUCAGAGAGUGAAGUCACUACUGGCAAGUAUGAAUCAAGAUUUCAUGCUAAUCGCUUUGAAUCUACAAGGACCAAUCAUUGCUUCAAUAAGCCGUUAAGAACGAAUGCUGCAAAGUUCAACCCAAGAAAUGGUCCAAAGUUGAGUGAAAAACAUCAGUGUACCAAUAACAGAGAAGGUGGCAGAUGCGAUUACCAAGAUUGUAGUUGUAACCAUCCUAACGACUAUCGAGCAAGGCAUGAGUCACAUAUGUUAAGAUCAACUGGAGAGCCUAAAUAUGUGAAGAACUUGGAGUCAUCAUUUGAUAUUUCAAAAUCAUAUUAUCGAGAGGACUGCACUCAAGCUGAGUGUGCACGUGAGUUUAAUGGGCGAGUUAAGUCCAACGCCAACUGUGGUAACUUACCUGUUAGAAAGAAAGUCUGGGAACCUUCCAAUUCACAAAAAAAACGUGCUCAAAGCAACUCAGGAACUGAUGUUGCCUUUAAGCCCAAAGUUGAAACUACUGAGUCUGAUCGAGUUCCUGAAUCAUCUGGUACUGCUAUUUCUGGUGAAUCAACAAUUUUUUCAAUCGAAACUAAUAGCGAGGACAAUGAACUGGGGGACUUGGCAAAGUCUGGAAAUGGUACUUGCAGAGACAGGGAUAAUGGAUAUCGUUCAAUUGAAAAGGCAGAGAAUUACAUAAAGGUGGAAGAAGCAGAGGAUGGCGAAUUAAGUUUCAUGGCUAAAACUCCACUCAGGACAGUAGGGUCAUUGCUAAGCAGAUCUUCCAACUCUGACAGCUGCUCUUCAUGCCUAAGUGAAGGUGACUCCUCAAACUGCCAAAAUCUGGAAUCAACGUCCACAUCAGAUUCAAAAGAGUCUAGCCAAACCUCUGAGGGAAGAGAUAUGUUGCAUUGUCUUGAAAGUAGUUUUUGCGAGUGUCACAAAGUUGUGGAUGAUCGAAUGACAACAAGAGCAAACAGCCAGGAACUAGCUUCAUUGAGCAGUUUGCCUGCAGAAGCAGCCACAUAUUGUGAGAAUGUGAAAGCAAAUGCAGGUAUAGAUAUUCAGUCUCAAAGUGUGCUUCCCACUAUGAUGCAGAAUCAGAGCAUACAGUAUCUCACCUAUCAGGCCACAACAAUGGCUUAUUACCAUCAAGCUCCGGUUUCAUGGCCAGCCGGUCCUACUAAUGGAUUUACGUCCUUUCACUACCCCAACCAUUACUUAUAUGCCAAUGGGUUCGGAUAUGAAUUGAAGACAAAUGCACAGUUGAUGCAGUAUGGGGGCUUACAGCAUCUCCCUCCACCACUGAUCACUCAUGUUCAUAUGCCUCUCUUCCCCAGUGCAGCUAAUGUAGUCAGUUCAAAGGAUCACAGUACAGAUUCAACAGUUGCAGAGGAUAGCAAGUGUGAGAAGGGGAAUGAUGAUUUCUCUCUCUUCCAUUUUGGUGGCCCUGUAGGAUUCAAACCUGGGGAAGCUGUCACUUUGGAAGGAGGACAAGGGUGUGAUUUGUCGGAAAAGAGUCCUCAUUCCUGCAAUACAAAAGAGUCCAUAGAAGAAUACAAUUUGUUUGCUGCCAGUAAUGGCAUAAAGUUUCCUAUUUUUUAAUUUGUUGUGGUUUUGUGAUACAAGGAAACCUGAGUGGGUGAUGGAGGUUUGAGUUUUGAGUGCUGUGUAAACAAUAAUCCUUCCCUGCAAAAUUUUAGGGUUUUUUUAUUACAUUAUACAUUGAUUGUUUUUA